UCAUGGAGGAGUUAAAAUCAGACGAGUAAAGGUUAUAACUAUUAGUUCAAAUUUUUCUCGGAUGGUACUCAGCUAAAAGACUUUACUCUGACUUGGUCUACAUAGUGACUGUUGUAAAUCUGUCAUGGUCCGGUUGACUGAAGAGAUGGUUGCUGCCCGUACUAGGAUCUCUGAUUGCACUGCUGUGAAAAAAUUAAACUGCUGGGGCACUGAGCUUACUGAUGUCAGCAUUCUGCGUAAGAUGCACAAUGUUGAGGUUCUUUCACUUAG